AUGGCUGACCAUUCGGAAACGUCUUCGCCUCCUCCUGAGUGUACUGAUGGCGAUGAUUCCUCGUCUGGUGUGGAGGAACCGCUGGAAGUGCCCACUCUUAGUGUGAAUGCAGCUGAAGUUGAGGUUCAUUCUGAUAUUCAUUCGGAAGCUCAAGCUUCUGGAAGGACUGUAUCUAUCGAGCAUUCCGAUACUAAGAAACCUCGAGUACAUCGUUUAGUAUCUCGUCAUGCGGAUGCAUUUAAUGGUGGUGUUAUUGAGGGUGAAGAGGAAUUUGAUUUCAGUAAUGCUUUUAAUCCCGAGGCUCAUGUAGAACCUUUCAAUGAGGCUGAGGCCAACGAUGACCCUUCUGCAGCGUCAUCUUCGCGUAGUAGUAACAAUUCGCAAUCACGUAGCGACUACGAGGAGUUUGACAUUGGUACUAGCAAGAUACAUCAUUACGAUGACGCUCCUUCGAGUUGCCGGUAUUAUACCGACGACGAGGAGAUUACUGUUAAAGAGUCCGCUGGUGCUAUGGCUGAGGAUGACCCUAUUUCGAAACGUCCGACCCUAUUAGGUCGUAAACUUCAGAAAGCUGGUCACUGCGUGAAGUCGAUGGCUCGUAAACCUUACGCGGCUGCUGCGAAGUUUACUAGUUACUGCAAGAAAAGAUUGAGCUAG